CAUGUGUCCCACAGAGCAAGCACCGGCCCUGUCCUGGGACGGAAGGUUGCAGAAGAUGUGGUUGUGUUUUUAAGGAAGGGGAAGGUCGGUGAAGCUGGAAGGACAGCUGUGGGUAAUAAAAUGCAAACUGCAGAGCGAACUCAAUGUGUACACACACAGGAACCCAGUGCCGAGAACAGUGGAGAAACAGGAUCCGGAAAGUGCUGGCACCGUUUCUGCCCUAGGAGCAGCCACAGGCUGUCUGGUUCAUGUCCCCUUGGAGGUCCAUGGAACACCGGUCUGAGCAGGCCUCACAAAUCAUGAGCAGGUGUGCGGGGGAAGAGAACUGGGUGGACAGCCGGACCAUCUACGUGGGACACAGGGAGCCCCCUCCUGGCACAGAGGCCUACAUCCCACAGAGAUACCCGGACAACAGGAUAGUCUCCUCCAAGUACACAUUUUGGAACUUCAUACCCAAAAACUUGUUUGAACAAUUCAGAAGAAUAGCCAACUUUUAUUUCCUUAUCAUAUUUCUGGUACAGUUGAUCAUCGACACACCCACGAGUCCCGUCACGAGUGGACUUCCACUGUUUUUCGUCAUUACCGUCACGGCUAUCAAACAGGGUUAUGAAGACUGGCUUCGCCAUAAAGCAGACAAUGCCAUGAACCAGUGUCCUGUCCAUUUCAUUCAGCACGGCAAGCUUGUUCGGAAGCAAAGUCGAAAGCUAAGAGUUGGGGACAUUGUCAUGGUCAAGGAGAAUGAGACCUUUCCCUGCGAUCUGAUCUUCCUUUCCAGCAGCCGGGGAGAUGGGACGUGCCAUGUCACGACCGCCAGCUUAGACGGAGAGUCAAGUCACAAAACGCACUACGCAGUCCAGGACACCAAGGGGUUCCACACCGAGGAGGAGAUCGACGGCCUGCACGCCACCGUCGAAUGCGAGCAGCCCCAGCCCGACCUGUACAAGUUUGUUGGUCGCAUAAAUGUUUACAAUGAUCUGAAUGACCCUGUGGUGAGGCCCCUGGGAUCAGAGAACUUGCUUCUUAGAGGAGCCACACUCAAGAACACCGAGAAAAUCUUCGGUGUUGCUAUCUACACGGGCAUGGAAACCAAAAUGGCAUUAAAUUAUCAGUCGAAAUCCCAGAAGCGAUCUGCUGUAGAAAAAUCCAUGAAUGUGUUCCUCAUCGUGUACCUCUGCAUCCUCAUCAGUAAAGCUCUGAUCAACACUGUGCUGAAGUACGUGUGGCAGAGUGAACCAUUUCGAGAUGAGCCGUGGUAUAACCAGAAAACUGAGUCAGAAAGACAGAGGAAUCUGUUCCUCAGGGCGUUCACCGACUUCCUGGCCUUCAUGGUCCUGUUCAACUACAUCAUCCCCGUGUCCAUGUACGUCACCGUCGAGAUGCAGAAGUUCCUGGGCUCCUACUUCAUCACCUGGGAUGAGGACAUGUUUGACGAGGACACCGGCGAGGGACCGCUGGUGAACACGUCUGACCUGAACGAAGAGCUGGGGCAGGUGGAGUACGUCUUCACAGACAAGACGGGCACCCUCACGGAGAACAACAUGGAGUUCAAGGAGUGCUGCAUUGAAGGCCACGUCUACGUGCCCCACGUCGUCUGCAACGGGCAGGUCCUCCCAGACUCCUCGGGCAUCGACAUGAUCGAUUCCUCCCCUGGUGUCAGCAGCAGGGAACGUGAGGAGCUGUUUUUCCGGGCUCUCUGCCUCUGCCACACCGUCCAGGUGAAAGACGACGAUAACGUGGAUGGCCCCAGGAUGUCACCGGACUCUGGGAAGUCCUGCGUGUACAUCUCGUCCUCGCCGGAUGAGGUGGCACUAGUGGAGGGCGUGCAGAGACUGGGCUUUACAUACCUGAGGCUCAAAGACAGUUACAUGGAGAUACUCAACAGGGACAGUGACAUCGAGAGAUUUGAAUUGCUGGAAAUUUUGAGCUUUGAUUCAGUAAGAAGAAGAAUGAGUGUAAUUGUAAAGUCUGCUACAGGAGAAAUUUAUCUGUUUUGCAAAGGAGCAGACUCGUCAAUAUUCCCCAGGGUGAUCGAAGGCAAAGUCGAUCAGAUCCGAUCCAGGGUGGAGCGAAAUGCAGUGGAGGGGCUCCGAACUUUGUGUGUUGCCUAUAAAAGGCUCAUCCCAGAAGAAUACGAAGGCAUUUGCAAACUGCUGCAGGCUACCAAAGUGGCUCUCCAAGAUCGAGAAAAAAAAUUAGCAGAAGCCUAUGAGCAAAUAGAGAAAGAUCUCAUUCUGCUUGGUGCUACAGCUGUUGAGGACAGGCUCCAGGAGAAAGCCGCUGACACCAUCGAAGCGCUACAGAAAGCCGGGAUCAAGGUUUGGGUUCUCACUGGAGACAAAAUGGAGACGGCUGCGGCCACCUGCUACGCCUGCAAGCUCUUCCGGAGGAACACGCAGCUGCUUGAGCUGACCACCAAGAAGAUUGAGGAGCAGAGUUUGCACGACGUGCUGUUUGAGCUGAGCAAGACCGUCCUCCGCUGCAGCGGGAGCCUGACCAGAGACAACUUCUCAGGACUUUCAGCAGACAUGCAGGACUACGGUUUAAUUAUUGAUGGAGCUGCGCUGUCUCUCAUAAUGAAGCCCCGAGAAGAUGGGAGUUCCAGCAACUACAGAGAGCUCUUCCUUGAAAUCUGCCGGAACUGCAGCGCGGUGCUGUGCUGCCGCAUGGCACCCCUGCAGAAGGCCCAGAUUGUGAAAUUAAUCAAACUUUCAAAAGAGCAUCCUAUUACUUUAGCGAUCGGCGAUGGUGCGAAUGAUGUCAGCAUGAUCCUGGAAGCCCACGUGGGCAUAGGUGUCAUUGGGAAGGAAGGCCGGCAGGCCGCCAGGAACAGUGACUAUGCAAUACCGAAGUUUAAGCACUUAAAGAAGAUGCUGCUUGUUCACGGGCAUUUUUACUACAUCAGGAUAUCUGAGCUUGUGCAAUACUUCUUUUAUAAGAAUGUCUGCUUCAUUUUCCCUCAGUUUUUAUACCAGUUCUUCUGUGGGUUUUCACAACAGACUUUGUAUGACACUGCAUACCUGACGCUGUACAAUAUCAGCUUCACUUCCCUCCCGAUCCUCCUGUACAGCCUGAUGGAGCAGCAUGUUAGCAUAGACACACUCAAGAGAGACCCGUCCCUGUACAGAGACAUUGCCAAGAACGCACUACUCCGCUGGCGAGUGUUCAUCUACUGGACGUUCUUAGGACUGUUUGAUGCUCUGGUAUUCUUCUUUGGUGCUUAUUUCAUGUUUGAAAAUACAACAGUGACCAACAAUGGACAGAUAUUUGGAAACUGGACAUUUGGGAUGCUCGUGUUCACGGUGAUGGUGUUCACAGUCACACUGAAGCUUGCGUUAGACACACACUACUGGACCUGGAUAAACCACUUUGUCAUCUGGGGGUCCCUGCUAUUCUACAUCGUCUUUUCCCUGCUCUGGGGAGGAAUUAUCUGGCCAUUCCUCAACUACCAAAGGAUGUACUACGUGUUCAUACAGAUGCUGUCCAGCGGGCCCGCCUGGCUGGCCGUCGUGCUGCUGGUGACGGUGAGCCUCCUCCCCGACGUUCUCAAGAAAGUCCUGUGCAGGCAGCUGUGGCCAACGGCGACAGAGAGAGUCCAGAGCCCCUGUCCCUCGCCUGUCUGCCGGGGCCCCCAACCUCAGGAGGUGGCGUUCAUGUUCUGGAAGAGCGAGGAAUAUGCCACGCUCCCUCCCACCCAGGGCCCUGCCCAGGACUCUUGUGGUUCCAGCCUGAGACGCGGCUGCCCUGGGUCCAGUCUGGAAAUGCCCAUGUGAUGGACGCUUCUCAGUCCCGGCCCUCAGCAGCUGGGCCCCGAGUGUCCGUGUGUGCGUGUGCUUUUCCUGGUGCCCAGGAGGGGAGGGAGUGGUCACAGACCUUGCCCUUGGGCACAGCGUGUUGGCUGUCACUUGUCCCAGGCCCAGCGGCCUCCCGGCCUUCAGCUCAACUUCCAAAGGGACUGGGGCUCUGGCCGGCCAUCCUUCCUGCAGCUGUGGAGGCUGCCCCCACCUGCGUGUCUGCACCCUCCUCAGCGUCGCUGCCACCUGAAGAGAAGGGCCGGCCAAGGCCCGUGGCUGCCACACGGGAUCACUGCACACUGUGGGGUCUGGCUCACACGGCUCCCCUGGGGUGUGGUAGAGCCUGGUGGAGCUGCCACUCUAAUGGCUGUGGUGUGGGAGCAGCCAGAGCAGACCCGCAGGUGGUCAUGUCCAUCCCCCAGACACAUGGCCUGGACUUCCUUGCUCAUCUGAGGCACGGGUUUUCCCGAGGGUCACAUCUAAGCCACCUGACCCCGUGUGCUGGGGCUGUCUGAGGGUCUUGCUUCCCCUUCAGCCACUGCUGCCAUGAAAAGACCUCAGUAGGGUGUGGCGAGGCUGCCCGGCUCAGCCAUCACAGUGGAAGUACUCAGAGACCAUCUGCCACACGGAGUCGCCAGUCGCCUCGCCAUGGGACCUUUCGCUGCAGGGGUGUCAGGCAGGGUGGUGGUUUGGGGUGCUUGGCUGUGAUGAGCAGACAGCCUCUGUCUCCACGGAGAGGUGGUUACAGGGGUGGCGUUCACAUCCAGGAACCUGAUUCUGGCUGACGGGGUGGGCCCAGGGCGGCCGAGUUCUGACAAGCAGUAUCACCCGGAGACCGUGACCAGCAGCUUCACCUCACCUCGGUCUGUGUUUCCCACGGGGCUGUCAUUGUCUCGGGACUGUGUCCGGUGUGAGUUUGGGGAGGGUCAGCAGUCAGAAGGCGGCUGUGUCACGAAGUUCCUGUUCCUGUCUCUGCCGGUGUCUCUAUUUCUAGAAGUGAUCUCUUUGACGCAGCCUUAAUGGUCUAAAGAAGACAUUUCAGUGUGAGACUCAGACUCCAGACACUUAAACUGACGCUUUCUGGAAGAGCAUCACGCAGACAGUGACAGAAGGUCAGCGCCUGGCCCACAGCCGGACGUGCUGCCGUGAAGCCGGGGCUCUGGCGCCUGAGCUGGGUGUCUUUCUAAGGACUCGGCAGUAGGUGUUUUUGGAAGUUCAGAUUUCACCAUUUGAUUGUUUAAUAUUUCACUGAGAAAAUAUUUAUUUGAAGAGGGGACAAAUCGACAGCAAGAACAGUGAGCACUCCAGUUGGGGUACAUCGAGGUGACAUACGAGCUCCACACCAAAGAUGAGGAUGGUGAGUCUGUGGCUUAGCACAGAGAAGGGGCCAUCCCGCCCGCCUGCCCCAGGGUCCCUGGCGUCACCUCCGCCUGCGUGUGUUUCUGUGCUUGGCACCCCGGCGCACGCUGACCCCACCAACAAUGGUGUGUGCGUUUUUACAGCCCUUUUUAUGCACCCAAUGUGGGUAUAAAUGUAAUACCUGUUGGGGGACAGAUUCUCUGUAUGUUCAGUUAAGAAAUUAUUUGUAAUGUAUUUUUUUAGAAAUCUCAAAAUUGCCUUUGCACUGAAGUAUUUUCAUAGCUGUUUAUAUCUCUUUUAUUCAUUUAUUUGUUAACAUAUUGUCUAAUUUUUAAAGUAUGUUUUUAAGGCUUUCAUUUUUUAAGUUUAUGAAAUUUUGGCCACUUCACAUUUACAUUUGGGUGUGAGUUUUGGCUGAAUGUUUCAUUCUCAUGAAUGUGAAUUUUCAGAUCUCAUUUUAUUCUGCACAUACACUUCUUUGUUUCGUGGUUUCUGGUGCAGUGAUUAGUUGAGCAGCAUGUUUGGAGUACACUAAGUUGCUAUGCUUUUUCUUCAGUGUUUGUUACAAUUUCAGCAGCUUUUUUUUUUAAACUUAAUCCCCAAUGUGAUUAGCUUUUUGGUUUUUGUUUUUAAUGUCCAUCCUUCAGCCUUAAGAAUAGAAGAUUCUUGCUUGACAGUUAUGUGAGCUGCACCCCAGCCCUGCCUGUGUCGAGACAGUACCAUUUACCUCUGAUGACUCACGUCUCAGUGUCAAAGUCACUAAACUUCACAUGCUCUGAAACGUCUUUCAGAAAAUAGUUUGGGCAAUUAUUCAAUGAAAGUGCCUGAUCAUUUGAAAUGGACAAGUGGCACAAGAUAGAAAUAAAAGUAUUAGAACCACCUCAGUGAAGUGACAUUUCAGAUAUGAUUUAAUGCAAUUUUCCGCCUCUUAGUAGUUAGUAUUGACUUGCUUUAAACUAACUUUGAAGCAAGUAGUGUCAACAUUAAACACUUUCCUUAGUUUUGAAACUCUGACUCACUACUGUACAUGCGAACAAACCACCAGCUGUGAUGCCCUGUUGUCAGAACAUGCUGUCCCUGCCGCAGACCGCCCCACUCAUGCGUGAGGGCCCUGCUGCACCCGUGUUCUCUGGCUGUCAGCUCCACAUUCGCUCAUGCACACACCCACACACACUCAUGAAGCCCCUUCACACAUACGCACAUGCACACACAUGCACAUGCCAUGUGCACACACGAGGAACACACAUGUGCGUGGUCCAUGUCCUUCUCGUCAUCCUGCCUCCUUGCUGAGGGCCCUGCGGGGAGCCUCUGGCUGGGUGGGGGAGGUCGGGCUCCCCAGAUCCCUACCCUGGGCCUCUGUGGAAUAAAGAGGCCCCUCCUGGCAGGACGCCCGGGUCUGUGCAGAGCAGGCCAGGGGCUGCUCUGGGGGUGAGACUUGGCACCCUGGAUGAGGCCCUUCCCCAAGGGGAGGUCCAGCUCCCCUGAGCUCAGCCCCAAGGUGAGGUGGCCACAGCAGUGUCUGGCCACCUGGGGAAGGGUGUCCCUGGGACCCCAGUCAGCCUGCUUUCUGCGUGUCUGAACGGAUGGACUGAGCAAGCCAGCCACAACACCCAGGGCCUGGCACCACUGCCUUCCUGGGGCGUGGUGCCGGCACCUCCAGGAACAGGGCCUGUGGGGUUUGGCCUGCUGGGGCUCUGUGGCCGUGACUACAGGCCCUGGCUGCGCCGAGCUGCCGUGCACCGGCCCGGUGUCCAGGGCGACUGAGAGAGGCUCCCAGCCGUGUUCCCUGAAGCUCGAAAUGCAUGUGUUUUGCAUUGACUAGUAUUGAACUAUCACAACCACUUUCAUUUCAUCUUAAAAUUUAGUUAUUUAUUUUCGACUGGGUAUAACAGCCUGGUGGACAGGAGCUUGCAUCCUACAUUGCUUUUGGAAGUUACCCAUUUAACAUUUUCAAAAGAGGAAAAAUAUCAGUUGGGAAAUGCAAUCUUUCUUUAAGCUAGAGGUGGGCGAACAGGAAGGAAAAUCUUUCUGAUAUUGUGUCUAUAAACAGCUUUAAUGGAGGUGUGUUGGAAGUGUCGGGAAAGUGUCUACUUUUGCAGAAAAAUAUCUAAAGAUCAGUUUAUAUAGCUUUAUUUUUUACCAUAUCAAACGAUACAGAAUUUUAAUAUGCAUAUAUUGUCUCUGACUUAAAAUUAUGUGUCUGCAUUACCAUUUAAAAAUGUCUAUUCAUUAUGUAAUGUAAUAGGAGAGAAUCUUCAAAAAUGUAUUUAACAUGAAUGGUAUCUGUAGUUGUCAUUAUCAUACAUCCUGGAAAUUAUUUUUAAAUUAUUAAACAUAAUAGGUGCAUUUAAUAUAAGUCAGCCUCCAAACAGCAAUGUUUAACUGAUAAUUCAUUAACCUGCUUUGAAAAAUUAAAUUGUGAAUUAAACCAGA